CUUUUCAGUAUUAAUUUGGAGAUUUUAUUUCAUUACCAAUUUUUCAGGUUAAUGGUGGAUCAUCUAGGCAGAGAUAGAAUGAUCAUGAUAACAACAUAACAUAGUUCACAAGAGAGUUGAAGUCAAGGGAGUUGUUAUAUAUUGAAAUAAAAUUGUCUUCACAUGCAAAUUAAGCCUAAGAACCCUAACUGAUGAAGCUGCUUAUUCUUGAGGCCAUGUGAUUUUUGUGCCCACAGUAUAAUGGAGAAUGAUAUGUUCAGAAUUCCACGAGCCAUGGUAAGCCGAAAUUCUGUUGUUAUUGAUGGGAUUCUGUCACAGACAAUCCCAAAUUCAGUAGUUGAGUCCAACUUAUAUAACCACAUCAACCAAAACCAGACAGUAGCUCGGUUUCCAGUGCUUCCCUCAGAGCAAGGAAAAUUUAUCAGUGAUCUCUGUGCUGAUCUCCACAUAAUUAAUCAGACCAGGUUCUUUGACUCUAAUGCAUUGGUUGCAUCUGUUGGAAGGAAUGUUGUCGGUGAUGCUUCACUUGGCAAAUCAGGUUCAGAAGAUAACAUUAAGUUUCACGAGCAAUUCAUGGACAGAACACCCAUCUCUUCAAUUCCACCUGCAAGGUGUGGUAUUGAAGAAAACUUAAAUGAGUUAGCAAUAGUGGCCCCUUCAAUCUACCCUAAUGAUUUUAGGACUUACUCUUCAACUGAAUGUUCUGAUGGCAUAAAUUCUACAAUGGCAACCUUUGUAAAUUGUGGAUUUAAUGAAACAUUUGGUAAUAUGAACGGUAAGUGGGAUUUUGAGAAGUUUCCUGCUCUGGAGCUUGUUGGGAAAACCCCAUUGAAGACAGCAUUUCAACCAUAUUCAUCAGUAGGUUGUCUGGAUCCAAAUGGGUGGAUAACAUUAAAUGGUGCUAAUAUGAGCAUGGAUUAUCCUUGUGGUUCCUCUAAACCUAGUAAUGAGCUUUCUUUAAGUCUUGCUACGUCUCUGCCUGCAGUCAUCAGUGGGAACAAUAUUCCUGAUCAGUCCUCUGAAAUAAACUGUUCUGGUGCAAAUCACUGCUGCUUGAAUACAACAAGGUUAGGCUUAGAUCAAACUUCUUGUAAUGCUAAGGAGCUUUCUCUGAGUUUCGGUUCUGAAGGACCAGUUCAAGUAUCACACUUGAUAUCAGGAUCAAGAUAUCUUCAUGCAGUUCAAGAAAUACUUGCUCAAAUUGCAAGCUAUUCUCUUGAAAAUCUAGACCAGAUGAGUAAUGGAGCUGGAGCAACUAUGCUGUUCUCCUCAACCUGUCUAGCUGGAAGAGGGAUGGCACCGAUGGAUCCAAAUGAUCUUCCUGAUAUGGAUGGUAAUUCUGAGGUUCAAUUAGAGGCAGAAGUACGAAAACAGACAGUCGAGGCAAGGAAAACCCGACUGCUGACUUUACUGCAAGUGGUUGAUGACAGAUAUAGCCAAUGCUUGGAUGAGAUCUAUACAGUUAUAUCUGCGUUCCAUGCUGCAACUGAAUUGGACCCUGAGGUGCAUUCUCGUUUUGCUCUACAGACAUUCUCUUUCUUAUACAAGAACCUAAGAGAGAGGAUCUAUAACCAAAUCCUAGCUAUGGGAUCAAAUUUCGACAGUGGAUGCGCUGGAGGUAGGGAAAGAUCUUUUCAGAAUUCAUUCAUCCAGGAACAGUGGGCACUGCAGCAGCUAAGGAAGAAGGAUCAGUUAUGGAGACCACAAAGAGGAUUGCCCGAAAAGUCUGUCUCAGUUUUACGUGCAUGGAUGUUUCAAAACUUUCUUCACCCGUACCCUAAGGAUGCUGAGAAACAUUUACUUGCAAUAAAAAGUGGCUUAACAAGGAGCCAGGUCUCCAAUUGGUUCAUAAAUGCUCGAGUUCGACUAUGGAAACCAAUGAUAGAGGAAAUGUACUCCGAGAUGAACAGGAGAAAGGCUCGGCAAAAUGAGGGAACCAACAGCGACCACAGAAGCCAGAUAAGCAUCAACAAUCAAAGAUUCAACAUCAAUUGAAGCCAGAGAAAGAAAGAAAGAUCAACGGGACAUUGAAUUCCAGCACGCUUCAAUAGGAAAGAAACACAUCUACCUCAAGGUUACAACUCUACAUAAUGCUCCAUAUGGUUGGAACCUCCCUCUGUUGAAAAUAUCAUGUAUUAAUAGCAAAAUAUCAUGGAAUUAAUUGGUAUGGUGAACUUUUGUUUUUAUGCAUGGGGGUUCGUGGGUCACCAAUGUACUUAUGAUGGUCCACAAACGACGAAUAUUAGUGAUAAUACAUGAUGUGAUGGCGGCUAAAAGUUGCUACGCAAUAUUGAUCUCAAUAUUUGAUUGAACCACCUCAGGUUUGUACACCACUUCCAAUCCUGCAAUGCAAAAGCAUAGCUAUUUGUUGAGUU